GACCGCAGAGAGAGGGGAGAGACCGACUCUCGCAAACUGAAAGAAAAAUCUCCAACAGUCAGCACCGAGUCCUUGUUGACUGCUCACAUUUUCCAUCGUUUCUACCAGAACAACAGCAACAACUUUCAUCAUGGCGGACGACGAGAAAAAGAAACUGGAGGAGGAAAAGAGGAGGAAACAAGCGGAAAUUGAACGCAAGAGGGCUGAGGUCAGGGCUCGCAUGGAAGAGGCCUCCAAGGCCAAAAAAGCCAAGAAAGGUUUCAUGACCCCUGAGAGGAAGAAGAAACUUAGGUUAUUGCUGAGAAAAAAAGCAGCAGAAGAACUGAAAAAAGAACAAGAACGCAAAGCUGCCGAAAGGAGACGUAUCAUCGAAGAGAGAUGCGGAAAACCAAAACUUAUUGAUGAGGCAAAUGAAGGCCAACUUAAGAAGAUUUGCAAAGACUAUUAUGACCGCAUGUAUAUAUGUGAAGAGCAGAAAUGGGAUUUGGAACGCGAAGUGCGAAAACGCGAUUGGGAGAUCGCCGAAUUGAACAGUCAAGUCAACGACCUCAGGGGUAAAUUCGUCAAACCCACUCUCAAAAAAGUAUCCAAAUACGAGAACAAAUUUGCUAAACUCCAAAAGAAAGCAGCAGAAUUCAAUUUCCGUAAUCAACUGAAAGUUGUAAAGAAGAAGGAAUAUACCCUGGAAGAAGAAGACAAAGAAAAGAAGCCCGAUUGGUCAAAGAAGGGAGACGAAAAGAAGGAAGAAGAAGGAGAAGUCCAAUUAGCAGAGGGUCAGCCGCCUUCAGAAGAUCAGCCACCCGGUGAAGAGGUUCCACCAGGUGAAGGAGAAGCCCCUGCUGAAGGUCAAAUUCCCGCAGAAGGUGAAACGCCAACCGAAGAUCAACCUCCAGCAGAAGGUGCACCUGCAGGCGAAGCCCCACCACCUGGAGAAGAGGAACCACCCAAGGAGGAAGAGGUUCCUGAACCUCCUCCUGAAACAGGCUUCGAAACUUUCAAGAAUCUAGUUCUGAACGAAAACUUUGACAUCAUAGCACUGCCGGAAACGAUUGUAGCGCCAGAUGACAACCUCGAAGCGCUGCAUAUCCCUAAUUAUUCUCUCGUUGAGAACAGAAAAAAUAGCGGGGAUGGCGUGUUGAUGUAUAUUAAGGAUUCUCUCAAAUAUAAGGUAGUAGAUCUCUCCUCGGCCAAUCCGGAGGAGCAUCAUCAUGUUAGCUUCGAGGAAUUGCUAGAGAAGCUCAAAAAGAAUGGUCAUCCUGUCGAGGGAGUAUCACUUCCUGAAGGAGGGAUGGCAGCUAAUGGAGUUACACCAGCUGAAGAAGCGCCAGCAACAGAAGGGGCACCUCCAGCAGAAGGAGCACCUCCAACAGAGGGGGCGCCACCUGCUGAAGGGGUAGUACCAUCAGAGCAAGAUGAUGCCCCUCUAAGCACAGAAGCCGCCCCUGCAAGCACAGAACCCGCAGCGGAAUCUACACCAGGAGAAGCCCCAACUUCAGAAGGAGAACCCACAGCGCCAGAAGAAUCAGUACCUGCAGAAGCAGCACCAGCUCCAGCAAAAUCGGAGCCACUUCCAGAGGAGCCUUCUUCUUUAUCAUCCCCUCCCAUAAUCGAAGGUGAUGAAACAGUGCGUUACGUUUCCUCGUAUCAUCAUUCUGUUAUUUCAUCGAUAGUUUCAUCGUCUUCGUCUUUCAUUUCAUACACCGCUGAGUGAAAAAGUUAUGAGAAC